CAACCAGCAUUCGCCGACCGGUGAUAUCUGCGUCUCCGACCCCUCAGUCAACCCACAGUCCACCUUCCCCUGUCUGUCCCCUUCCCUUUUAUUGGCUCCUCACCCGCUCUCUCUCUCUCUCUCUGUGUAUCUCUCUCGAGCAUGGAGAGCAGAAGAAUCACCAGCAGAACCGACUAACAGAGAAGCCGCCCACCUCAUAAAAAUGGAAGCUUCAACCUUCCGGAGGGCCUUCAUCUUCCUUGCUCUGCUCUCCGCCAUUGCUCCUCCGUCGUCGUCGUCGGCAGUCCCCUGCAACAGCACGGACAAGCAAUCCCUGAACAGAGCAUUCAACUCUGUUUCUGGGUUCAACAUUUCUUUGUUCUUCUUCCCCAACUCUUCUUCUUCUUCUUCUACGAACUGCUUAAUCAGCCGCAUAAUCCUCCCGGCGAAGAACUUCACCGGGACGAUCUCAUGGAAGUUCCUCAGGAACAUGACCCAGCUGCAGACCAUCGACCUCUCCGGCAACUCCCUCCAGGGCUUUCUCCCCAGGUGGCUCUGGUCCCUCCCUUCCCUCUCCGAGGUCAACUUGUCCCGGAACCGCCUCGGCGGCAAAAUCGUCGGCUACGCCAACCGUCCGUCCCCCGUUCGGACCCUCGAUCUCUCCGGCAACCGGUUCACUAACUCGGUCAACCUGUCCGGCUUCCCGAACCUCCGGGUCCUCAACCUCUCCGGCAACUACUUGAAGACCCUACCUUACGGGCUAGGGGGACUGUCCCAACUGGAGCGGCUCGACAUCUCCGGCUGCCGCAUCUCGGCAAACCUCAGGACGAUAUCGGGCCUGCAGAGAUUGAAGUACCUCGACGUGUCGAAUAACUCCUUGACCGGGAACUUCCCGGGGGACUUCCCCCCUGUUUCCGGCCUCGAGUUCUUGAACAUCUCCCUCAACAACUUCACCGGCCAGGUCGGGCCCGAGAAGUACGCCAAGUUCGGGAGUUCGGCAUUCGCCGGCGCCGGGACGAUCGACUUCAACGCCUCCAAAGCACCCAGCCGCACUGUUCCGGCACGAGCCCCGGUUCACAAAAUUGCCCCUGCAAAACAUCCCAUCAGCAAUCCCCCCGCCAGGAAGGAGGAUGAACAUCAGGAGAAGAAGAAGAAAGAGAAGGGCAAAUCGGGAAUUUCGAAAGCUCUUGUCUUGGGAGUUUCUUGCUCCUCUGCUUUUCUGGUGGCCGCGGCGGCGGUCGUGGCGGGCUGCUGCUAUCGGAGGAAGAAGGUAUUGGCGCGGAGGAACAAAUGGGCGAUCUCAAGGCCAGCAGCUCAACUGCCACUAUUCAGAGUCGAGAAAUCGGGCCCUUUCUCAUUCGAGACCGAGUCGGGGACGUCGUGGGUGGCGGACAUAAAGGAGCCGACGGGGGCGGCGGUGGUAAUGUUCGAGAAGCCGCUGAUGAGCCUGACGUUCAAGGACCUGAUAGCGGCGACGUCACACUUCGGGAAGGAGUCGCUGCUGGCGGAGGGCAGGUGUGGGCCCGUCUACAGGGCGGUGCUACCCGGGGAGCUCCACGUGGCGAUCAAGGUGCUGGAGAGCGCCAGAACCGUCGCUCAUGGUGAUGCGGUCGCGGCGUUCGAGGAGCUCUCCAGGCUCAAGCACCCCAACCUCCUCCCUCUCUCCGGUUACUGCAUUGCAGGCCAAGAGAAGCUGGUGUUAUCGGAAUUCAUGUCCACCGGAGAUCUCCACCAGUGGCUCCACGAGCUCCCAACGGGAGAGCCCAACGUGGAAGACUGGAGCAAUGACACGUGGGAGCAGCCCGGUCCCACAGCAUCAUCACCGGAGAAAACAAAUUGGAUCACCCGGCACCGUAUCGCGGUGGGCCUGGCUCGGGGCCUGGCCUACCUCCACCAUGCUGGCACAUGCCACGGCCACCUGGUCCCGUCCAAUGUCCUCCUGGCCGAUGACCUCGAGCCUAGGAUCUCGGACUUCGGCGUCCAGGACAUCGGGACGAAAAGGGUCGGAGACAUCGGUUGCAGACUGAAGGAGGACGUGUACAGCUUCGGGCUAAUCCUGGUGGAGCUGCUGACGGGGAGGCAAAGGAGCGAAGAGAGCCUGGCCUGGAUGAGGAGGCUGGUGAGGGCAGGACAAGCUGAGGAGGCAAUAGAGGCAAGGCUCAUGAUGGGCGGAGAUGCGCUGAGCGAGAUGGCUGAGACCCUCCGAGUCGGGUAUUUAUGCACGGCGGAGUCGCCAGAGAAGCGACCCACCAUGCAACAGGUCGUAGGACUGCUGAAGGACAUCCGUUCAUGACCUCAAGCAAUGGAUUCACGGACGUGGCAUCAUAUACAGACUAGGCAAUUUUACUCUGAUGAAUCGAUCGAUCGACCCCGUGCUCGGAUUACCUGCAGGCCGUGCCGAUAUCUGGCGCGUACUUCCACGAGCUUCUGUUCGUCCAAGUCGGCAUUUUCUUAUUGUGAUAUGACAUUCUUUUUUUGGUGAUGUAUAGACAAAAAAAUUAGCCAAAAAGUUGGGGAAAUUGAAAAGAAAAAGGGUUGGUACGUGGCUAAAA